AUGGCCUACAACGAAAUUUUUCAGUAUUCCAUCAUCUCAGCCCUUGUGGAUGGAGUUGCCUCACACGGCACACCGAUCGCACGCAUUCUUGAGCAUGGCGACCACGGCCUCGGAACCUUUCGGAACAUGGUUGGCGAGAUGAUUGUGCUCAAUGGCGACGUCUACCAGAUGAAGGCGGACGGGUCUGUCGUGCACAUCAACCCCGAAGAAACAGUCACGCCUUUCGCCACUGUGACGCGAUUCAAACCCACAAUCACAAAAAGGGCUGCCGUGGCUGGCAAAGCUAGCCUGGAAAGGUUGCUGACGGGCCUGUUCCCGAAGGCUCGAAACCACUUUUUGGUGGUCAGGAUGGAUGGCGUGUUCAAGGAGGUCAACGUAAGGACCGCUGGCGGACAGACAACACCCAGGGAAGGCAUGGUGUCCGUGUGCGCCCGGCAAACGACUCACACCUUCAAGAACGCCAAGGGUACGAUUGUCGGGUUCAGAUGUCCGCAGUAUGUAAUGGGCGUCAACGUGGCCGGAGACCACUUCCACUUCAUUGCCGAGGACAGGCAGCAGGGAGGCCACAUUCUCGCUUUUGAGACAGACGGUGACGUGGACAUUUCGGCGGCGCAGAUGUCCAAAUUUCACUUGGAGCUCCCAACCGAGGAUGACGAAUUCAACGAGGCCGAGUUGAAGCUGCAGGCGCAGGACAUCAAAAAAGUCGAGGGAUGA